CAGAUAUCAUUUGCAGUGCUUUAAGGAUUAAUAUAUAUAUAGAGCGAGAUCCUGUCAACGAACAUUUCGACGUAUCUUAGUUUUAUAGUAGAAUUACUUUGGAGUAUUACUUGUGCUUGCCGGGAAUAUUUACAACUGUGAUUUUUCGAAUAAACAGAUUCCAUUAAACUCUGUGGAUUAAGUACAUUUAUGUGUGACGUUUGACGUAUUCAAGAAAAGACAAAAAAGAGAAACAGUUAAACAUGGAUUAAAAUAGUAUAAAGUGAAGACAGUUUCCAAAGAGCCACCGACAAUGAAAUAUAACAGUACUGUAUUACAUAAUCUGUUUGUUGCUGUAUUUAUUUUCCUGUCCUCAGUGUUACAAUUCGUCGUGACUAACGAUGCACCAAAACAGUUAGAAUUCUCAGCUACAAACACAAUAAUCAUUCCUGAAAAUACAGCUUUAAAUUCCACUAUAGGUACUAUAAAAGCCAGAGAUUUAGAUGGACCUAUGCCUAUAAUAUUUUCUAUACAAGAUGAGAAAACACGACAACUUGUUAGAUUAGGAACAACCACGGGAGAUAGUACACGAACAAGACAAGUUGAUAUCAUAUUAAUAGCACCACUGGACAGAGAUAGGGACCCUUCAGACAGGAAGUUAUAUUUCAUUAUGGCAGACGGAGAUAAUACUAUAGAACAUAAUCAGCUUAUUAUUACCAUAUCAUUAUAUAUAACGGAUGUAAAUGAUGAACAUCCAGAAUUUCAUACCAGACGAUAUAAAGAAUCGGUUUUAGAGAAUGCAGCUAUAGGGACAACAGUAGGCCGUGUUUCAGCUAUUGAUGAAGAUAAUGGUUUAGGAGGAAAAGUCACUUACUCUAUGCAGCCAGCAGCCCAAACAGCAGACGACACCUAUAAAAAUGCUUUCCGAAUCGACCCAAACACAGGUGAUGUUAUCAUCAAUAAUGUACUGGAUUAUGAACGGCACAACUUUUAUGAAUUUGUGAUCAGUGCUCAGGAUGGAAUGGGACUUAAGAGUACAGCUGAUGCAGAUUUCGUUGUCACGGUAACAGAUAUACAGGACACACCUCCUGCAUUCUUUAAUUUGCCAUACAGUGUAUCUGUAAAAGAAAACAUUUCUUUGGGUGAAAAAGUGCUACAAGUGACAGCCUUAGAUGGAGAUAGAGGAGUUCCAAAUAAUAUAACAUAUAAAUUUACACAGGGUGAUUUUGCAAACUUUUCCUUGAAUGAAAAUAGUGGUUGGAUUACAAUAAAAAGUGCUCUAGACAGGGAUGAUGAUGCUGUCACACAGAAGGGAGGGGUGUAUGCCAUGUAUGUACAGGCAUCAGAAGUUGUGAAACAAGGAUCAGCUAAUAAUGGUCCAACAACAACAUCAACACUUGUAACUAUCACUGUCGAAGAUGUCAAUGAUAAUAAACCGGAAUUCAAUGCUAACACUUACACGGCAAAGAUCCUGGAGAACAUGCAAGAUGGGGUACCAGUUACCUUGACUGGUGUGACAACUUCUAUGUCUGUUAGUGACAAAGAUCAGGGACAGAACAGUAUAUUCAGUUUAAGCUUUGAGAAGAAUGGACAGCCAUAUUAUGACUUUUCACCACAGCCUAGCACAGUAUACUCUCUUUCACCUAUUUUAAUUAGAGUCAAUAACUCCAAAAAUCUGGACUAUGAGAAGAUGAAUUCAACAACAUUUCAGGUCAUAGCCAGAGAAAUACACACUGUUGAGAAGAAAUCUAGUAUAGCUACUGUUACUGUGAACAUUGAAGAUGUAAAUGAUAUUCCUCCUCAGUUCCAAUCUGAAAUAUUCAGUGCUAGUAUACCUGAAAACUCUGCCAUAAAUACACCUGUCAUCACUGUUAAUGCAACAGAUGAAGACUCUGGUAUAUUUGGACAGUUGACUUAUUCACUCAGGGGAGGUAAUGGGAAGUUUGUCAUAAAUGACAAAACUGGAGAGGUUUCAGUAGCUGGAGAGUUAGAUAGAGAGAAAGUUGACGAAUACUAUCUAACUGUAGAGGCCAAAGACGGUGGAGGAUUCCGUUCUACCACAGAGUUACGAAUCAACGUCACUGAUGAGAACGAUAACUCUCCAGAAUUCAGAAGAGAGGAGUAUUUCAGUACUAUUAAAGAGAAAGCCAGUAAUUUCCAAAGAGGCAAACUCAUUGUGGAGGCUUUUGAUAUAGAUGAACCAAACACACCUAACAGCUUAAUAAAGUAUGAGAUUAACCAAACGCCGCCUGGACUUGAAAACAACUUUGAAAUAGAUAUACUGUCAGGGGAGAUAACUGUCAAAUCUCCCUUAGAUUAUGAAGCUCUUGAUCCAAAACUGAAUGGAAAGGUUGUGUUAAUUGUAGAGGCCAUGGAUUGGGGAAAUCCUAGGAGGUCAAAGGUCAUCAAUGUUACCAUAGAAGUGGAAGAUGUAAAUGAUAAUGCUCCGGUAUUUAACCAGCCAAGUUAUACAGCCCAUGUUUUAGAGAAUGCAACAGAUUCAACUGUUGUUACACAGAUCAAGGCCACUGAUGCUGACGGCACAUUUCCCAACAAUGAAUUUGUUUACAGAAUAGACAGUGGAUCACAAGAUCAGUUUAGAAUUAACUUCAAAACUGGAGAAAUAAGUGUAGAAACUGGUGCUAAGUUGGACAGAGAAACCAAAAGUUUAUAUAUUUUGAAUGUCUCUGCAACAGAUAGAGGGUCUACUACUCUAGUUGGAUAUUGUCAAGUAAAGAUCUAUGUAGACGAUGUUAAUGAUGAAAGUCCAAUAUUCACUUCAUCAAGGACAGUACAUGUUAGUGAGAACACUCCUAAAACAUCUGAGGUGGUGACAGACUUCACUGCAACAGAUCCUGAUUCUGAUACUGAUCUUCAUUACAGUUUAAUAGAGAAUAGAACAACAGCAUUUGAUGAGAAUGGAUUUGAAGUUGAUGUAGGAAAAUAUAACAUUCAGGACUAUUUUAUGGUUGAAGAAAACAGUGGAAUAAUAAAAGUUAACAAGGACAAUAUAAACCGAGAAACAGCAGAGAAAAUAGUUCUACAAAUUUUAGUUGAGGACAAAAAUGGUGUGAUGCAUAAUCCACAAACAGCUACAGGCACCCUAACAAUAAUUCUUGAUGACAAGAAUGACAACCCACCUACAUUUACACCUAGCAGUGAAUACCACGUCAACAUAUCUGAGGGACGAGACAUCUUGGAUGUUGUAACUACGAUAUCAGCCAUAGAUUUGGAUAAAAACCAACAAAUAAAGUUUUCUGUAGAUCCAUCAGAUUCUACAACAUUUCAGAUAGAUUCUAAUACUGGAACAGUUAGACUUGCCAAGAAACUAGAUAGGGAACAGAAUUCUGAGGUCAAUUUCAAGGUCAUUGCUACUGACAAUGGUGUUCCCAUACUGUCAUCCACAGCAACAGUAACAGUGGCAGUUCUAGAUGUGAACGAUGAAUCCCCUGUAUUUAAUACCUACCAGAGAAUCUAUAGUGUAUCUGAGUCUGCAGCUAAUGGCACUAUGAUAGCAGUGAUUGAUGCAACAGACAAAGACAUCGGAGAGUUUGGUAGUCUUCGCUACUCUAUACAAAUUAAUAAUGAUGAUGGCUGCUUGGUCAUUAAUGAGUUCACUGGGGAAAUUACUGUGGAUUGUAACUUAGACUAUGAGACCAGAAAAGAAUACAGUAUAUAUGUCGUUGCCAGGGACAAUGUGAAUGAUCCAACCAAUCAGAAAUCAACACGAACAGGACAGAUUAUGAUCCACAUUUUAGAUGUAAACGAUAAUGCCCCUGACCUAAGGAGUAUGACAAGUGAUCAGAUUAGAAUUUAUGAGAACGCGCCUGACAGAUCAACCGUAGCUAAAAUAUUUGCAACCGAUCCCGACAAUGGAGAAAAUGGCACAGUGGAUUAUUCAUUAACAUCCGAUACUAAUGCUACAGUCCAGUUUACUGUAGAUACCACAUUUAACCCUGACAGAAACCAAAAUGAAGGUGUUAUUAAAUUAAAAGGAAGUUUAUUAGGUCAGGUAGGAAUUAUAUAUGUGACAGUGAAAGCUACAGAUCGUGGAUCACCAAAAAAGUCGUCAGAGAAAAAAAUGUAUUUUGAGAUAUUUGAUGUGAAUUUACAUCAGCCAGUUUUCAUUGUACCACAAGGACCACAGGCUACCAUUAGUAUAGAAGAGCAACAAGAUCUCAAUACAUUGAUUAUAAAAGUAAUAGCUAACGAUGAAGACCAUGGGAGGAAUGGAGAAGUUACAUACAGUCUGAUACCAGAAGAUGAUUAUCUUAAAUUUACCUUGAAUAACGAUACAGGAGAGCUAAGGAAUAAAGUAGUACUGGACAGGGAAGUCAGGGCUCAGUAUAGGGUGAAAAUAGAAGCAUAUGACAAUGGUCUACCAAAUAAACUAAGGACACCACUAGCUUUAACAAUCAGCCUGAUAGAUAUCAAUGAUAAAGACCCAGAAUUUCCCCGAGAUAACCAGUAUCAGCCGUACUAUGUUGGCAGUGUGCCAGAGGAGAGUGCCGGGGCAUUGAUUGGUAGUGUUGACGUAGCUGUGGAUAAAGACAGUGAUGCUAACAAUAGCCAGAUAUUUUAUUAUAUUAUUGGAGGAGAAAUGCAGGAUCACUUCCAUCUAAAUGAGACAGGACAACUAUAUUUAAUGAAAUCAAUAGACAGAGAUGGCGAUAAAAAUCCUUUCAAACGACAGAUUAAUUUCAUCAAUUUGGUAAUAUGGGCCACACCUUAUAACUACCUUAAGUUAUCUCCUGGACAGAUCGGAGGGCCUGCCACAUCUGAAGCAGUGGUCCCAUCUAUAUAUAAACCUUUAAAUGUGACACAGUUAUGGGUGAGGGUCACAAUUCAGGACAUUAAUGAUCAUCCUCCAAGGUUCCGAGAGGAUACACUCAGUAUUGGUAUAACAAGGAAAACACAGUUUGGGGAACUUAUAUUUAAUUUAAAGAGUGAAAUAAUUGACUUAGACAUUGGAGAGAAUAAGAAUCAUACAUUUGUACAAAGUCGUCCAUUGGUUGUGUACCCUGAUAGUUUGAGUCAGUCUAUAGGAUCUACUCCGUUCAAGUUCUUCAGUAACGGGACAUUGAAAACAAAUACAUACUUCCAAGCUGAUAUGAAUGGCUACUUCUUAAUGAGUGUACAAGCAAAAGAUAAAGACAUGCAGCUGGCUAAUGCUACUCUAAGGAUAUCUUUAAUUAAUGAUGACCAAAGGUUAAAGGUCAUAUUCCGUAUGUUCCCAGAACAAGUCAGAAAUUUUUCCACAGAAUUUAAAAAUCGACUGGAAAAGAUAACUGGUUACAGAAUUGUUGUUGAUAAGAUACAGACACAUGAAAAUAAACAAGGCAAACCAGAGGUCGAUAAAACUGAUAUGUUUAUACAUGGAGAGGUCAUUAAUCCUUUUAGAAUUGUGGAUUCUUCAGAACUUUUAAGUGCGAUAGAUGGCAGUGCCAGUGCUUUGGUCAGUGUAUUGAAUGAUUAUAAUAUUGUCCAAAUAGUGCCAACGACAACGCAAGCUGAGGAAGAUGAUAGCAAAAGACAAUUAACUAUGGCUAUAAUUCUGUUAGCUAUAAUCCUUGGUGUACCAGCCAUCGCUAUGAUGUUUGUUAUUUAUUUUAUGUAUAAAAAAUAUCAACGAAAGUUGAAGGCAGCCACAGCUAUGGCAUAUGCUUACAAAGGAAAUGAUUCUAGAGAUUCAGAUAUGCAGAAGCUACAGUUACCAGGGACAAAUCUUCACUCAUAUGAAAAUGCUAAUCCUAUAUUUCUGGAGAAAAUUUUAUUGGAGGAAUCAGGAGAUCCGGCAGAUAGUGACUCUAUUGAUGAUAAUGCUGUCGGACCUCCAAAUCCUAAUCGUUAUGAUGAACAGGAAGCUUCUUUACAAUUCUCUGAGGAAAAUAAUAAACAUAACGAUAUUGGUUCUCCUGAUAUGAACAUCAAAGCUGCCUUACAGGCACACAAUGCCAUGAGAAAUAAUAAUAACGAGACUAAAAAUGGAAAAAUUUCUAAUGGUAACAUGCCAAAUGGUGCUCUUGAUACAAGAAUGAUAGAAGGCUUACAGACAACAGAGAUAUAACAUGCUUUCAUUUUAUAUUGCCAAAUUAUAUGAUAAACUUGCCAUUGACCUUAUAUGGUAGAUUAAUUUAGAAUUGUGUCUAUAAAUAGGCUUUCUGUGAUCCUUGUGUUUAUAAAUAGAUAUUUUGGGAUCCUGUGCCCAUGAGUAUUUUCAAAUCUAAUUUAAUGACAAUUAAACUGUGAUUGAAAUAUUGAACCCUUCGAGAUGUAUAUGAUUCCAAAGACAGCUAUUCUUACGUACAUAUCAAUCAGUGCUAGAAUUAUAGAAGAGUGAUUCUAUUUUAGUAGAAGUUAGUAGAAUGAUGUUUUAGGCCAAGGAUGAUACUUUCAUAGACCAAACAUUCUGUAGAAUGAUGUUUUAGGCCAAGGAUGAUACUUUCAUAGACCAAACAUUCUGUGUUAUGUCUCACAUGUAAGGAAAUGAACUACAGAAGAAUAUGACCAAAGUUCAUCUUUGAUUAACUUCAUGGUAACUUGACAUUUGUUUUGAUUCAUCUCUCAUAAUAUAAUUCUUACUAGAUAAACAUAUAUGAAUUGUCAAAAGUUAAAUCUGGCUGCGCUAUUUUUAAUAGUUUUAACAAUUUUUAUUCAUGGGACAAAUAAUUUAAUCAGAGUUAACCUUAAUUUAUGUCAGAGUUAUGACAUAUUUGAUUUGUUUUUGAAUUUAUUGUGUCGUAGAACAAUCUUGUCUUUGCCUUAAUGUUUUCCCCUAAAUUGUGUAGCCUUGGCCCUUGGUCUGUAACUCAGACCUACUUGGCCUGAAUAUUGUCUCUGACCAUGGGUCAAAGAUCUGUUUGACUUGGCCUGAACAAUUGUCUUUCACGAGUUGUUGUAUUGAUAUUUAAUUUAUUUAAUGUGUGAGUUUGUCAGCAUUAUAAUUUUGUUGUAAAUCAAAUGUUUAGCAACGGGUAUUAAUCACAAAAUUAAGUUUUUAUCUUAUUUUUUUAGAUGCUUUGAUCAUUUUAAAUUUUAAACAUACCAUUUAAUUUGUUUACUUUAUUUGUUAUGGAUAUCAUUUGAGUCUUAGUCUGUGAAUACAUGUAUCUGUUGUUUCACAGAGUAAAACAUAGAUUUCACUAGUUACAAAAGGAGUAGGCCCAGUAAAACCCCUUUUUGGCCCCAAAAUAUAGCAUUUUACAAAUUUGUUAAAAAUGUAUAAUUUUAGCUAUUUAUUGGAAAGUAGACUACUUUUGUUACAUAAAUAUGGGCUGUUUUUGACAAUACAAUGCACAUGCAUCAGGUAAUAGCAUCAUUAAUUCAUCCAUCAAUAAUGAAAUCUUAACAAUUUUAGCAUUUGUGCUUAUUUUUAGACGUUUUUUUUACUAAAAUGUAAGUGGCCGUACUUGUGUUCAGUCUUGAUAUUUAAUUAUGUAUUGUAUUUGAUGGUAAUACAUAACAUAUAUAAAGGUUGAGACUAAACACGAAAGCAGCCACUUACAUUUUAGACAAAACCAAUCUGAAAAUUACGUUUUAUGGCAUAUUUGAAAGAUUUUCAUAUUUAAUUUUAAUGAACAAAUCAGUAAAAAUCUUUUACAUAAACUAAUUGAAAGACUGAAGCAGAUACUUUUUUUUUUAUUUUCAAAAAUCUUUAAUCAGAUGUACUUCAUAUUUUAGGCCAAAAUUAGCCCUUCCCGGAUCUUCUUCUUUAGCUUUUUACAGUAAAUGUUGAUAUUAAAUUAAAGCCUCUAUAUAUAAUGUCUUUUUAACAGGCCUCUGCUUGGGGACAAAGAUUUAAAAUCAGUGCCAUGGAUCAGUUAAGAUGGGAGGAAAUUGAAAAAUACUGACUUAAAAUAACAUUUAAUCACAGUUUUAAUAAAUUAAUUACAGAGUUCUCCAGGGAUAUUCCUUACAUAGAUCUCCAGGGAUAUUCCUUACAUAGAUCUCCAGGGAUAUUCCUUACAUAGAUCUCCAGGGAUAUUCCUUACAUAGAUCUCCAGGGAUAUUAAUUACAGAGUUCUCCAGGGAUAUUCCUUACAUAGAUCUCGAGGGAUAUUCCUUACACAGUUCUCCAGGGAUAUUCCUUACAUAGAUCUCCAGGGAUAUUCCUUACAUAGAUCUCCAGGGAUAUUCCUUACAGAGUUCUCAAGAAAUAUUUUACAUAGAUCUCAAUGAUAGAGAGAAUAGCAUACAUUGAAAUAUUGAAAUGGGAACCUAAAAAAAAAAAUGCAUGUGAUGUUUUCCAUUUAUCUGAAUGUUUCGUUCCUAAAUGUUAAUGUUUAACUUAACUGAAAAAAUGUGAUAAUUAACAGUGUUUUAUUGAAUUGUUUACUUAAACUUAACUCUUAACUUAUUUUGUAAAAAAAUAUUAUUAUUCAUAGUAUAUCAGUUUUCAUGGAUUUUUUUGGUAACUUAAGGAAAACAACAAAUUUAAAAAGUAAACCAGUUACAAAUAUUUACAACGAAACAAGAGACCAUCUAAAAUUGAUAUUAAAUGAAUCUACAGUGUUUGAUUGACAUCAAAAUAUUGCUACAAGAAUAGAUCUGUGACCAUGUGAUAUUAAGGUAUAGUUUUUGUUGCUUAAAUGUAUUUGAGUUUACUAUUCUUUUUAAUCAAUUUGAUUAUGUAUAUUUAAUUAAAUAAUUGACUCAAUUAUUGCUCAAAAUAUUCUGUAAGCCAAAAUGUAGUUAAUGAGCUAGGAGCUAUUCCAAGGAAACAUAUAAGAACUCAACAUAUUUUUUUAUAGGAGGAUGUGGUUUUAAAAAUGAAUGUAUGAUUUUAGCAAAUAGGAACAUUUAUUUUUAUAAUUGGCAUUCACUUGCACAUUUUUAACUCAGAAAAUUGUUUUGGCUUUUGAACUAAGUUACAGUUCAAUAACAUUAACUGUACAAAUUUUACUACACCAGAUGAUUAUUUCGACAUUCAAUGUCUCUUCAGUGAUGCUUGAGGUCAAAAUAUUUGAAAGUCCAAAGCAGAAUACAAAUGUUGAAGAGUUAAUAAAAUGAAAAAAAGGUAAUCAAGGGUUUUCAUAGGAUUGUCAGGCAAAUAAGUGUUUAGCCUUUUCAAAGGAUAAGUUUACUUCUUGUUUUAGGAUGCCUUUUAACCUGAAAUAAAAACAAAACUUUAACUUUAAAUACAAGAAGGUUUGUGAUGACUUUGAAUAUUUUGAUAAAUAACAACAGGACCGAAAAUAGGUAUAUAUGUAGUAUGAUGAAUGAACUGUUAUAAGAUUUUAUACAUUUUGUAAUAUUAAGAUAAAAAAUAUUUAUUUUUAUACCUUUGUAAAUAAAUUUGCUUGAAUUUUGCAUGAAAACAGAUAAAAAAUGGUUUAUAAAUGUAUGUUGUUAUUGUGUUCAGCUUGUAUUGUAUUUCAAAUGAGAAGAUUAAUCUUUUGUUCUAAAAGGCAUUAAUGUUCAAGAAGAUUUUGUGUGUGUUUGUUUAAAGAAAUCAAGUUUUAUGUAGAAGAUACGAAAUAAAGGACCAUUUUUGACACAAUGGUAAAAUGCUUAAUUAUGUCAGUUGCUUAAUCAACUCAAAUUGUUUAUAAUGGCAUAUAACAGAUAUUAUGGCUUUUUACAGAAUAUAUACACUUUGUAUAAUAUAAUUUUUGUUUUAAAUAUGUUUAAAAUUGUCAGAAACAAGUGUAUUUUUGUUACAGUGUACAUGUAUCUUGAGUAUUUAUUUCUUACUAUAAGUAUUCUAGUCAAUUUUCACAAUAUUUUUUUUAUUGAGACUGAAGUAUUUUUUCCUUCUUAUAAUCAUAAUUUUAUACUUUUUCAUGUCAAAAGUUGUUUAUUUGUAUAUGAAAGUUUUUUCCUUGCAGUUUUUCAUAUUCAUAACUCAUUUAAAAGAAAGAGUUAAUUUUUUGGACCAAAUUCUUCUCUUAGAACUCUUAAACAUUUGUGUAAUUGUUUGAUUCACUUUUGAAAAGAUUCAAUAAGAGGUUCUACUGUAUCUUUCUCCUAAUAAGCAUACACAAGAUGAUUGUUUCUUUCUCUCAAUAUUAAUCAAUCAUUGCUUAAUAAAUAUGUUGAGUAUACAUCAAUAUGACAGCAACCUUCCAAUAUGUUAAACAAAAUGACAUCUAGGUAUUUUGGUUGCAUGUUUGAAUGUAUUAAAAUAAAACAGAAAACACGAGUAAUUUUCACAAACUAUUUUAUAAAAUUAUUCAAGACUUGCAAUCAAGUGUGUUACGUCAAUACACAAGUGAACAUUUACUUUUGUUUUAUAUUACAGCAUUCAUAAGAGUUAUAACAUAACUUGUGGCUUCAAAAGAAAAAUUAUUUAAAUGUUCUUGUUAGAAGUUCAAAAUAGCAUUGUCAUGUGCAGUUUGGAAAGAAAUUUUUAUAAAAAAAUUUUGAUUAGUGUGGUACAUACACAUUUAUGUUCUGCACAACAGGAAGUAAAUUGUCUGUAUUGUAUUUGUGAAAAUUUCAUAAGUGAAUGGGAUAUUAGAAUGUUUAUUGUCCUUAGUUUGGACAAUUUUAGGUGCUAAAUAUAGAAUGUUGAUCAUAAUCUUUUUGUACUCAUUGCCAUUUUCUAUGCAGGUGAUUAUGUUAAAUAAAAAUGUUUAGUUGACAGUAAA